CUCUUCAGUAUCUACACUGAGCAGACAUGAGAGAAGCAGAAGUCGAGAAUUCAGGAAUCAAAAGUCGGAGGCAGAAAAAUAUCAAACCUGAGAUACACAGACGACACGGCUCUCUGUGGAAACAACCAUGAAGAAAUAACGAACCUCCUCGACAACAUAAGCAGCUAAGGCCAGCUAAAGAAUACGAAAUUAAACGCAAAAAAGACCAAAGUAAUGCACAUUGGGAAAGGCACAUACCAGCCCAUCAAGAUAGAAGGUGAAGAAGAACUUGAAAGAGUUGAACACUUCAAAUACCUGGGCCCCUUAAAACCUCCCGAUGGCUACUGUUCCACAGAUAUCCAAACACCUAUUCUUACUGCAGAAACAAAACUGAUCCAACUGAAAAACAUCUGGAAAGACAAAGACCUAUCCAACAGACUAAAAAUACAAAUUCUAAAGGCAAUAAUACGGCCUACUGUGCCACAGGGGGCAGAGGGCUGGACAUUGAGACAAACAGAUAAAGAUAGAAUACAAUCUGCUGAAACGUGGUUCUACCGAAGACUCUUCGACAUCAACUGGCAAGAGAAAAGAACCAAUCAGAGCAUCCUACAACAACUUGGCGUCAAACGAGAACUGUAUGGCGCCACUUUUAAAAGAGCGAUGAGCUUCUUGGGGCAUUCUAGCCCAAACAAAAAGUGCUCCCUCACAAGAGACAUCAUACAAGGGAAGAGGGAGGGUAAACGAGGACGCGGCCGCCCCAGGAUGAAGUAUACGGACAACCUAAAGGAGUGGACAGGACACUCUAUGGCUGAAACUUUCAGCGCCAUAAGAGACAGGGGCAGAUGGGGCAGAUGGGGCAACGGCAUCAGGCAGGCGGCCCGAGCAGCAACGCCCACAAGGACGACGCUGGAGGAGUGGGUGAGUGGAAGUCUCUGGAAACCACAUGCCCGCCCGGUGCCUGAGAUGUGAUGUCACGGAAGGUCCCUGACUAGUGGUACAAAAGGAGAAAUGUUGAGGAAGCGGCGCCAAGCGCAGCGCUGUGAGCUUGUUCCUGAGUGAGAUGGCCCCAAAGCUGCAUCUGAGCUUCUUGGUGUUGUUCAUAAAGGCAUCCCUAGCCACAUGGCAGCAUGUGACUGUAAUGGAGGGCGAGACGCUGACCCUGACGUGUCCCGUGACACAAGCUCACAGGGCCCAUGUGGAGUGGAAGAACCCUGAGGGAUACCUGAUGUUCUUCAACCGCGAUAGAGUUCUGAAGGACAAGCGCUACAGCAUAGACAAGCUGUCCAACACGCAGUUCACCGUCAGCGUGUCGGACGUCUCGUUCAGCGACGGAGGCAACUACACGUGCCAUCAGUACAAGCACGGCGUCGUGGAGAAGAUGGUGGAGGUGACGGUGUUGGGCCCACCAAAAAUGGACGUAGUGAAACACGGUGGGAAAUGGGCCAUCAAAUGCACAGCGGAGGGAAAUCACCAUCCUCCCCGCAUCUCCUGGGGCCUGGGAAACAGGAUUGAAGUUGCUGGGAAGGCCUAUCACCACUUUGAAAACGGAACAAGAACAUAUCUGGCUGGGGAUACCAUACAAAUCCAGACGCCAAGGAGGAGAGCUGUGGUGAAAUGCCUUGUGCACCAUCCCGCCCUGCACACUGAACCCCUGAUGAACUUUGUCGUGAUUGGAAAAGACUCCAAAAAGCUCCCAAACACAGCCUCAACCAGAUCCCCUACAACUAAACCACAUAGCCCAGCCGCCACCCCGCCGGCGCCGACCCAGAGCCCGGGAGCAAAGGAGACCACGGAGACAUCGACAACAUCACGCUUGUACUGGCCGUCAUCCGAGGGCUCGAUAAGCUUGUCUGCUGUGAGCGGCGACGAGCCUGCGGCUGUUACGUCCUCCACGAGAAAACAUCUGGGCUCUACGAAUGACGCAGCAAGCCCCGUGUCUGCCUCAGGGGGGACUCCACAUGAAACCGUCAGUGAGGUCCAGAGCACGACAGGCAAGUCACUAGUCCCCGAGUCAGUCGUAACGGAUGAAAACACAUCCCAUAAUGGAAAGGAGGGCAACAGUACCAGCGGGACUCCUGAUGAGAUGGAGAGGCAGAUGAGAAAUGAAGGAGGCUCAUUGUUGGUCUUCCUGGUGACUUGCCUGAUCCUUUCUCUGUUAGUGGUUGUCAUCUUUUUCGUCAUCAAACUCAGGUCGGCACACAUCCGCUGGAAAAGAGUUUUCUUUGUCACAGAGAAUGAAGAAUCGGAACAGUCGGUGGAAAGCAGUAAAUCAAAAUCAAGCAGUGAGGAGAGACAAUUCCAAAGCCAAAGACACAAAGGGCUUUUCAACAGCGCGUUCACACAGUAUGUUGCUGAAGAGCCAGGAGAGAAAGCCGCUGCAGCAGCAGGAGCAGGAGGAGCAGCAGGAGCAGGAGCAGGGAGCAGGCCACAUGAGGCUCCUCCACCUCACGUCGCUUCUAGCUCCGCUACAAAUCACAUUAAGGAGACAGAACUUUAAUGUUUACUGAUUGUGGCCAAUACGUGCAGCCAAGUGUCGAUGUUUCUCAUGCUUACUGUGUGGUGUGUAACUUCAGUGCUUCUAAACAAAGCUGUGCUGGGUGCCGUUUUCUGUAAAAAGGGCUGUGUUUCAUUGAAAUGGAAAUGUUUACUUAGAAAAUAAUGGGUGAACACGUCGCCUGUAAAUGU